UGGCAUUUAUCAUGUUCCUGUACCCGAGGGUUGGUAUGGCAUGAGGUGACCGAGAGGGAGGUAGAAAGAUAGGUGAGAGAGGGAAGUGUAAGGGAGUGUGGGUGCAGCAGAUACGACAAUGACAGCAAACAUUUGACAUCUGGACUGCCGUGACGUUGAGACAUAUAUAUCCACGGGACAUAUUGCUGGCGGAGAACUCAGACACCUACAGGCCCUUCCGAGUCCUUCGAUCAGCCGUUGUCCAGGAGUCUUGUUCACAGACAACCAUUGCAGAUAACAAUGGCGUUAUUCUCCCAGCUAUUGCUGGUGCUAUCGACCUUGACCCUAGCAAGGUCAGCGACACUGGGAUCGUCAGUAGUUGACGGACUCGACUUUUCCAGCUACCAUGACUACCCGGCCAUGAAGAACGCGCUGGAACGCCUGGUGGCAAAGUACCCCAGCCUGGCCAAACUGCAUGAGAUCGGGACCAGUGUCCAAGGGCGGAAGCUGUAUGCCAUCCAGAUCACAGACUACGUGAAUACACGAGAGAUUGGGGAGCCUCGGUUCAAGUAUGUGGCAAACAUGCACGGUGUGGAUUUGAACCGCAACUUCCCAGACCAGUUCUCUAGUUCUACAUCCUUGAUCCAGCCGGAGACCGCGGCCAUCAUCAACUGGUUGAAAACAGAUCCGCACUUUGUCCUGUCAGCAAACUUCCACGGCGGGUCACUGGUGGCCAACUACCCGUACGACAACUCUCCCUACGGCUACUCACAGGGCUUCUAUAGCAAAAGUCCCGACGACAGCGCGUUCCGCUCCCUAGCCUACACCUACAGCAAAGCCCACGCAACCAUGUCUCUGGGGCACCAAUGUCAGGGAGACAACUUCCUGAAUGGCAUCACCAACGGCGCUCACUGGUACGAAGUCUCAGGUGGUAUGCAGGACUACAACUAUCUACACAGCAACUGUUUUGAGAUCACGGUGGAGCAGUCGUGCUGCAAGUACCCUAAAGCCUCCACGCUAAGCAGCUACUGGAGGAGCAACAAAGAGUCUCUCUUGGCCUUCAUGGAGCAG